AUGUCGCAAACCAGCUCCCCAAAGCAGAAGGACCCCGCCAAGCGCGGGCAAUGGAAAGUCGAACUCGAGCAGAGGCUUGUUGGAGUGGAAGUAAUAGUGGCCGAAGGCGCGUCUGUUAGCGCCCAGGCCCAGGGCGAGCAGGGGCAGAUUCAGCAUCGGAUCGGCGACUACGAGAAGCGUAUCAUCGAACUCAGGGAUACGCUAGCGAAGACGACAGCGGCGCUGGGCGUCACCACAAACGAUCUCCAGUGCACCCGCACCGAGCUCCAGCGCCACACCAUCCACAUCGACAACCUCCGAAAUGGCCUCAUCCAGCUCGAGACCCAGCACCAAGUGCUCAAAUUGCAGCACGCCUCUCUUGUCCGCCAGCGCGACGAGGCCGAGAUUCAGGCGCGGCGCUACCGCCGCCUCUUGGCUGAGUACAAGCAGCUCGUCGAAGACGCGGACCAGUUCCGCCAGGACGUGCGCAGGGAGAUGAAGGAAACGGAGGAGCGGUGGCAGCAGAAGAUGGCCACGGUCACGCACGAGCUGGGUGCGCUAAAGGCGCAGUCGGAUACGCGGGAGCAGGAGACGGCGGCGCUGGCGUGCGAGCGCGAUGCACUGAAGCGACAGUUGAGGGAGAAGAGGAUGCAGUCAGUUCAGACUCAGACUCAGCCGGAGCCUCCCGCCGUUGCCUCUGCCGCCCUUGACGGGAACGCGACUGCGAGUCAAAGGAGUCCUCCUUUGCAGCAGCCGACGCCUCGUGCGACGCCGAAGAAUGUGGCACGGCCAUUGAAGGUCGAUGGGCCCCCGAAGGCAAGUGCCACAAAUGUCAACGGUCAUACGGACGCAGUUUUGAGUGCGCAAGACGCAGCGAGGGGCACCGCGACACAAUCUACCACCUUCUCCCAAAUGCCCAUGUGCAAUCCGCCGACCAAAUCGCCAGCUCCCGAAGACCCGAGGAUCGAAGUCAUCAACGAUCCUAACGACGAACACGGAAAGAAGAAUGCGCCCUCGGAUUUGGACGGCGCUCCGAUGCACACAGCUAGCCCCGAAAAGGUGCGUCGCAGGGCGGAGCUGCACCAUAUCCUCAGCGACGAUGGCGCACAAAACGUCCAAAAUAUAUUGAAGGCCUCGCAGAGUCGCGCUCAGGCCUCGGGCACCCCGUCCAAGGCCUCGGGCACUCCGUCCAAGGCCUCGGGUACUCCGUCAAUGGCCACGCACCGCAAGGCUUCUCCCAACGCUACAACGAUUCCGCCAAAGACUGAGACAGCUCCAGCUCCUGCCAUGGACUCAGAGCACGGCGAUCCUGUCCAUACGCCUGUUGAAGCUUUCGUGGAGCCUGAGGUUACGCCGGCGGUGACGACCAUAAACUAUGACGGCGACGACGAGCAGUCGCCGGCUCAGGUCCCUGACCCCUCGCCUGCCCACGUUAACGAACCUUCACCUAUCCGCGUCAGCGAGCCUUCGCCGGCCCAUAUUCCGGACGCCGCCUCGACAGCAUUCUCAUAUGCCGACUUGACGCGGUCGCCCGUACCCAUGGCUCCUCCGGAGCCACCUGAGGAUGAUCCAUGGACGACGCACAUGUAUGAUUAUCAUGAGGAGAUGAAAGCAGGGGAACGGAAAAAGUGA